CAUCUAGGAAUUGGUCUUGGUGAUGGGUAGGGUUUGAACAGUUCAGUGGAUCCUAAUCAGUGGAGACGUUGUUCAAGAUUUAGAGUGAGCAUCCAGAGAGUUUAGGGGUAUUUUCAUAAUCAAACAACAAGAUGGCAGUAGAUGUUCCAAGCGACUUAGAUCUGGUGAGCCGCUUUGUCUACUUUGGUUCUGAAGAGGGGCAUUUUACUGUUGAUCCUCCCAAGACUUUUACAGAUAAAACACCUUCUUUAGAUACAUUUUUAUCAAAGGAGAGAGGGUCAGAAGUCAUCAAAAGACUUAAACUAAUUUUUCAAACAAGACGUUACAUAACUAAAGAUCCAUUGUUAUUCGCCAUAGCUCAUAUCAUUAGGAACAUGCCAGUAACUGAGUCCCAUGAUGAGGAUAAAAUUCGUAAUGAAGCUUACAGUCUUGCUCAAGAUGUUUGUGAAUCAGCGCUAGAUCUCUUCACUUUCGUCCAUUUCAACAAGGAAACUUCCCCACCCAAGAAGGCAGGUUUUGGCCAUGGGAUGAAAACAUUUAUCGCCAAGUGGUAUUUUUCAAAACCACCACUUAAGCUUGCCCAUGAGGUCACCAGGUUCAAAUCAGGACGAGGCUGGACACAUAGAGAUCUUAUUCGUCAGUGUCAUAUGAAGACUGAUACAAAAUCAAAAGCUACCUCUGUUGUACUAAAUUAUUUGACACAAAAAAAAUACCAACUUACUGAUGAUCUUGACUGUGAAGACUCGGAAGUUGGAGAAGUUGUACAAUUCCUCAAAGAUAUAAAGUCACUUUCCUCGCCACAGCCUGUGGAUGGGGACUUUGCUCGCAGUCUGAUUGAAAAGCACAAGUUAGUAGAUCGACAAAUCCCUACAUUCUUAAGGAAUUUACCUCAAACUUUUGAAGGCAUGCUGGGAAAUAUGACCAUGGAAGAAAUCAUUAAUAGCAUCCCAAAGAUGGCAACACUUGGAAUGCUGGAACAAUGUUCUAUACAUACUCCUCUCAUUAUUGAGAAGAUCAAAAAUUUAGACUUAGUGAAAAGUAGCAAAAUUCAUCCAGUAGUUAUCUUUCUUGUCAUGAGAUGCUAUGAGUCUGACCGAAGUAAAAAAUAUGUCAAGAACUAUCAUUUGAUUCGAGCUCUUCAAGCUGCAUUCACUGCCUCCCUAGAAUCUCUCCCUUCCAUAGGUACCAAAACACUUGUAGCUGUUCAUGUCGAGGGUAAAGCUGCCAAACAGCAUGUUUUAGGAGCCAAUUAUCUUUCACCCAUACUGCCUUGUGCCCUCAUGACAAACUUCCUGCUACAGUCGGAAGACAACCUGAAGCUAGUUUACUUCAACCAGAUGGUGAGUGAAAUCAACUUAAGCCGCACUGUGCCGAUGGCUAGAAUUGUUGAAGCUUUUGUGAGUUUUACAAGAGAUCCAGCCAAUACUAGCUAUGAUCUAGUAGAGCCAAUCAAAUGGGCAACUCAGCAUAAAAAACCUUUUGAUAACAUCCUUAUUUUAUGUGAUAAGAAAAUGGUCAGCUCACAGGCAGAUCUCCAUAAUGCUAUAGACACUUACAGACGUGAAGUCUUAUUACCAAAUGCAAAAUUUCUGGUGCUAGGUCUAACUGAUCUGACAUCUGUGACCAACAAGAUGGAUCUCAACAUGUGUGAGGUCAGUGGAUUUAACAAGAAGAUACCCAGUUUGAUUUACAACUUCUUCCUAGGACACUAUGAUGUCAAUACUGAAGCUAUGGCCAGUGAACAACCAUGACCUUCUUCUUUGGUCUAGUUUCUUCACGUGGUUUAGCUCUAUCGGCACAAAAUAGUUUUAUCCUUUUUGUUAGUCAACAAAUGGCCCUUAAAAUGUUGGUUAAGUUGGCUUUUUUUUUUUUUUUUUUUUUUUUGUUAAAGGUUUUGAUGGAAUUUUACUGUACAACAUUUUCGCUUGUUUUAGUUUCAACUUGAAAUGUGUGAAGAAAAUUCAAUUUCAUUUUGUGGGUAUGUAGAAAAUUGUAUUUUCAUUUUAAUGAAAUGCCCUGAUGAAUUAUGAUUUGACUCCACUAUCAUUUUGUGGAUAAUUAUCACUAAUAGGAAUAAACUGAAUUUAAGUAAUUCAAGUUAUAAGUCAGAAGUUGCCCAUGGAAGUUAUCUUUGACAUAUAUUGAUAUCUAUUUCUCACAACCAGAGCUAAAACAAAGUUACCCCAGAAGAUUAUUUACCUUCACAAAAGUAAAUUAUUAAUUUUUCAAUUUCUUCUAUUUUUUUUUUAAGUUUUCAAGUUUUCUUAAUUUAAAUAAGAAGUUUUGACUGUUGUUUGAAUCAUCAAAAAUUAACAGUUCCACUUAUACUCAAAAGUUUAGAUUUUUUAAAAUCUGCUUCGGUUAUUUUGGUUAAAAUUUAUAAAACAACAUUUCAAGUGAAUGAUGAUUUAGCCACAAAGGAGAGUGACAUUGAAAAAUGUUAUUAGACUGCCUUAGUAUAUUCUAUUUGUACUAAAACAGAAAGCUUAUAUUUUCUUGCUCUUGUGUUACCAGCAAUCUUAUUUUCAAAAAAUGCCCUUUGAUUUACAAUUUCAAAUUAAGUAGUACUUUUGUUUGUUUGUUUGACACCUUUUCACUUACAAUCUUGUAUUUUUUUGUUUUGUUUCUAUCUAGUCAUAUCAGUUAGUUUGUAUAGAUCUGAGUUAUCAGGAGAAUAUUGUCUGUCUACCUCUACAUCUGACUCUUGCCUUUUUUUUGUGUGUAUCCAAUUUUCUUUUUACCAGAUUUAUAGGAAAGUUGACAAAUAUUUUAUUUUGGACAGCUCAUUUAUAUUUCCACUUCAUUGGCUACUUUGUCAAGUUUAUUAUUGGUGUGAAUGUACAAAUGUAGCUUGUUUUCCAAUGGAUAGCUUGUAUCUUCUCAGAAAUUUCAUCUUUACAACUCAAGUUUCUUUCAUUUCUUUCGCAUGAAAGAAAUGUAUACAACUUUUUACAAAAAAAAACAGAUGCCUUUCUGUGCACGAUUUCAAUGUUCCCUAUCUGUUCUGAAAAUCAAAUUUUCUUAAAAUGGAAAUUCUGUUUUGUUUAACACAUGCUAUGAGAACUUUAAUGAACAUAAAAAAAUGUUUUAAUUAAUAUAUAGUUUAAUAUAAUUUGUUCUUUUGUCACUAAAAACUGAGAAAGUGUGUCUUCAUCUCUGGCUGUUGUGCUGACUAAUAAUUUUGUUUUUGUUCAGUUUCUACUUGCCUCAUCUAAAUUGUUCAACACCCUAUGUAUACUUUUGGAGGGUUAGUGAAGCCUUUACACCAAAUGUUCUCAAACUUUUAUUAUGCUCCCUUUAAUCAGUUUUGAGCCUAUAUCAGCAAUAUGAGCCAUAAAUAAUGUACAAUACUUGUGUGCCAAAGACCAUAACCCACCAACUUUUGUUGUCCAAAUAGAAGGCAUUAUGCUUCUAGAGAAUGACUAUUGACAUGUUUACAAUGUCAAAUAAUUAUUGAGGAUUUGAACGUAGUCGUUUCAUUUCCUUAAGUAAACAGUUACCACAUCAGAAUGUCAGUUAUUUUGUAUUGAAUGAAAAGUUUUGGUCUCGCCUUUAAAAGGCAGUGUACAGAUGAUGACCAAAUGAAUUAAAUUCUUUUUCUCUUGUUCUGGAGAUAUGCAAAACAAAAUAUUGUUGCUUUUUUUUGCUCACUUUUAUUUGAAUGCCAUGACUAACUAUGUACCAGUGUUUAUUAACAGAGACUUUCUGUCUAUAAUGAAGGCUUUACAUUAAAACUCAUAACAUUAAUCUGAAUGGCUUUCUUGUCAUGUGGUAUGCGCUCUGGACUGUCAGUCUUGAUGGCCCCAGAUUCAAACCUGCUGCCAUCCCUUGCGGGAGCUUUGGGCUAGGAUGUAAUUAUCUUCCAGUCUGAAGGAAUAUCUGAAACAUGUAAUAGCAAAAAGGACACAAAGUAGAGACUUACAUUUGUGUAUGUUUAUGUUAUAUUGAAUGCUGUUAUCAACAAAAAUGCUUUGCCAUAAAACUGUUGUAUGAUAUAUUCUUUUGUUAUGACAUUUUUUUUUUGUGACUUUUGAUUGUCACUAAAUGUCAUGUAUCUCAAUCCUGACCUCUGACCUCUACACAGAAAUAACCCAAGGUUGUGAUCCUUUACCUACCUAUUUAUUUAGUGAACAAUUUCAAAUAAGAAACAAAUCAAAUUUCAACAGAAAAUGUUUACAUUGCUUUUUAAAACUAGAAUGUACUAAGCUAGAAUGUUACUUAUUUUUAAUUCUUGUGUGAUAAAAACUUUAGAAUUUAUGGUUAUUGUGGCUAUAUGAUAAUUAAAAAGAAUAUAUAGAAAUUAUCAGAAAUUAAAGUGGUUUAAUCAGGAUAUUAUGACAAGUAUUUACUAUUUGUUUAAAAUCAAAAGAUCAAAUUAUGCUACCUAAUUAUUUCCUGAAUCUCAGUGUUUGCUUCUUGAUUGAACAAGUUCUAAGUGAUUUCCUUUGACCCACUAAUACCAUUGAAUGUCCACUUCUUUUCAGUGACAUAGAUUUAGUGCCAUUGUUUUAGUACAACUGACUUCAGUCAUGAUUUUUUUAUUUUGUUUCUUGUGUGUGUGCAAUAUUGAGACAUGCUGAGAUUGGUUUUUGUUUUUCAACCAACAGUUCCUGUUUUUUGCAGUCAAUCUGUUUCUUUUUGUUUCUUCUAAGCAAAGUUUAAUGCUUAUUUUUUUUUUUAUCAAUUACAAACAAAUAAAAGUAAUAAAAUCUU